AUGCUAGAUAAAGACUUGUAAUAUGGCAGAAGCGCGAGAAAUAAUGAUCAAUGUCAAGUAUUUUAAUUGAGAUCCAUUAGAGACUACUUAUGAAUCUUAUUAUGGAGAUGAAUUAUUUUAUGAAUAAGAAAUUUUGGGGACAAAUCUAUAGCAUAUUCAGACUUGGAAAUGAAUUAAUUCUUUAAGGUUCUUUUUUGAUGACUCAAAAUUUAUUUAUUAAACUAGCAUAACAUGUUAAGAUUAAUCAGGAACUUAAGAAACUUAUCCAUUUUAUUUUGGAAGAAUUUAAAUCUAUAAGAAAUAGACUUAGCAUAAAAACCAAAUGGCAUUAAUAUCGUGGCUGGAACAAAAUUAAUUUGAUCCACUAGGGAUUUUCUUUAAAAAAUAUGGACAAACUUCUAAUUGUUCUUAAUUCAUUCAAGGAAUGUAAGACUACAGGAAAUGAAACAAGCAUAUUUGGUUGGAUCAAUUUAUUAUGCUUUCAGUGA